UGAAGGCUGAGAGCCAGGCAGAGCUGGCAGGCAGGGCACCUUCUGGUGGACAAGAGCUCCCCAUUUCACCACCAUGAGUACCACCACAGGCCCUGAAGCAGCACCCAAGCCAAGUGCCAAGUCUAUCUAUGAGCAGAGGAAGCGUUACUCCACUGUGGUUAUGGCUGAUGUGUCUCAGUAUCAUGUCAAUCACCUGGUAACCUUCUGCCUGGGGGAGGAGGAUGGUGUGCACACGGUGGAAGACGCCUCCAGAAAGCUGGCCGUCAUGGACAGCCAGGGCCGCGUCUGGGCACAGGAGAUGCUACUGAGGGUGUCACCUGACCAUGUCACGCUGCUAGACCCAGUCUCCAAGGAGGAACUGGAAUCCUAUCCGCUUGGUGCCAUCGUGCGCUGCGACGCGGUGAUGCCCAGAGGCCGGAGCCGCUCGCUGCUGCUCCUGGUGUGUCAAGAGCCCGAGUGCGCACAGCCGGAUGUGCAUUUCUUCCAGGGCCUGCUCCUGGGGGCGGAGCUGAUCCGAGAGGACAUCCAGGGGGCUUUACAGAACUACCGUUCCGGACGCGGGGAACGCAGGGAGGCUGCACUCAGAGCCACUCAGGAGGAGCUGCAACGUGGAGCCUCGCCCGCCGCGGAGACGCCACCCUUGCAGCGUCGCCCGUCGGUCCGCGCGGUGAUCAGCACCGUGGAGCCGGCCGCGGGCCGCGGGAAAUCCCAAGUAGAACCCAUUCCGGAGGAAACGGGGAGACCCCGCCCGGUAUGCACGGCGAGCGGCGCUGACCCGACCUCCCCGGACCUGGGCCCGCGGGGCCCUGAGCUGGCCGGGCUGCAGGCGGAGCGGGACGUGGAUAUCCUGAACCACGUGUUCGACGACGUGGAGAGCUUUGUAUCCAGGCUGCAGAAGUCAGCAGAGGCUGCCCGCGUGCUAGAGCACCGGGAGCGCGGCCGCAGGACGCGACGCCGAGCUGCUGGGGAGGGCCUACUGACCCUGCGGGCCAAGCCUCCCACCGAGGCUGAAUACACCGACGUGCUUCAGAAGAUCAAGUAUGCCUUCAGUCUGCUGGCUCGGUUGCGUGGCAACAUCGCCAACCCCUCCUCUCCAGAGCUGUUACACUUUCUUUUCGGACCUCUGCAGAUGAUUGUGAACACUUCUGGCGGCCCUGAGUUGGCGAGCAGCGUGCGACGGCCGCACCUGACGUCGGAGGCCGUGGCGCUUCUGCGGGACAAUGUUACGCCUCGUGAAAAUGCGCUCUGGAUCUCGCUGGGGGACUCCUGGACCCGCCCAGGGGUGGAGCUGCCCCCGGAGGAAGGUUCUCCAUACAGUCCGGAGUUCUGCAGCGGUUGGGAGCCUCCCGCCACUGACCCGCAGGGCCGCGCCUGGGAGGACCCGGUGGAAAAACAACUACAACACGAGCGGCGGCGCAGGCAGCAAAGCGCCCCCCAGGUCGCUGUCAAUGGUCAUCAAGAUCCAGAUCUGGAAGCUGAGCCCCAGCUAGAAGAGAGAGCGGGCAAGUGGGUCCUGUGUAAUUAUGAUUUCCAGGCCCGAAAUAGCAGCGAGCUGUCGGUCAAGCAACGAGACGUGCUGGAGGUCCUGGAUGACAAGCGGAAGUGGUGGAAGGUUAGGGACCAAGGGGGACAAGAGGGCUAUGUACCCUAUAAUAUCCUAACACCCCACCCUGGACCUCAGGUGGGCCGCAGCCAAAGCCCUGCCAUAAGCCUGGAGAACAGCACUCCUCCCCCACCCGCCCCUGCUCCAGCCCCUGCACAGGUGCGGCCCCACUGGGACAGCUGUGACAGUCUCAACAAUUUGGACCCCAGCGAGAAAGAGAAAUUCUCCCAUAUGCUCAGUGUCAACGAGGAGCUGCAGGCGCGCCUGGCUCAGGGCCGUUCGGGCCCCAGCCGGGCAGCCCUGGGGCCCCGCGCCACAGAGCCGCAGCUCAGCCUGCGCUCUGAAGCCUCGGACGUCCGUGCCUGGCUACAGGCCAAGGGCUUUAGCUCCGGGACGGUGGAUGCGCUGGGCAUGCUGACGGGUGCACAGCUCUUCUCGCUGCAAAAGGAAGAGUUUCGGGCAGUGAGCCUCGAGGAAGGGGCACGCGUGUACAGCCAAGUCACCGUGCAGCGUGCGCUGCUGGAGGACAAAGAGAAAGUGUCAGAGCUGGAGGCCGUGAUGGAGAAGCAAAAGAAGAAAGUGGAAGGCGAGACUACAACAGAAGUCAUUUGACCCUUCUUGGCUCCUUCACCAAAAGUGCUGAGACAGCGGAGUUCCCCAUGUCCAGUGGGACAACAGACGCCAGACUCCUCCCUAUCACGAGUGGCAGUAGAUCCCCUGAAGGAUCGCCCACCCUGGUCUCCUCCCGAUCCUAACGGGCCAACUGAACAGGACAGUACCACCGGGAAUCCCUCCUUAAGGACCUCGGACUUGUGGGAAUGGGGAGGGGGGCAGAGCUGAGAAGCAACUGACGAGUAGACAGCGGAGAGAGCGCAGUAGAGCCCUGUGCAUUGUGAUAUGCUGCGGGUCUAUAAACAGCCUCCUCUUGGCA